AUGGAGUGUCAAGGCCUACGAAGGAGUGUCAAGGCUCACGAAGGAGUGUCAAGGCUCACAAAGGAGUGUCAAGGCCUACGAAGGAGUGUCAAGGCUCACGAAGGAGUGUCAAGGCCUACGAAGGAGUGUCAAGGCUCACGAAGGAGUGUCAAGGCCUACGAAGGAUUGUCAAGGCUCACGAAGGAGUGUCAAGGCUCACGAAGGAGUGUCAAGGCCUACGAAGGAGUGUCAAGGCUCACGAAGGAGUGUCAAGGCCUACGAAGGAGUGUCAAGGCUCACGAAGGAGUGUCAAGGCCUACGAAGGAGUGUCAAGGCUCACGAAGGAGUGUCAAGGCCUACGAAGGAGUGUCAAGGCUCACGAAGGAGUGUCAAGGCCUACGAAGGAGUGUCAAGGCUCACGAAGGAGUGUCAAGGCCUACGAAGGAGUGUCAAGGCUCACGAAGGAGUGUCAAGGCUCACGAAGGAGUGUCAAGGCCUACGAAGGAGAGUCAAGGCCUACGAAGGAGUGUCAAGGCUCACGAAGGAGUGUCAAGGCCUACGAAGGAGUGUCAAGGCUCACGAAGGAGUGUCAAGGCUCACGAAGGAGUGUCAAUGCUCACGAAAGAGUGUCAAGGCCUACGAAGGAGUGUCAAGGCUCACGAAGGAGUGUCAAGGCCUACGAAGGAGUGUCAAGGCUCACGAAGGAGUGUCAAGGCUCACGAAGGAGUGUCAAGGCCUACGAAGAAGUGUCAAGGCUCACGAAGGAGUGUCAAGGCCUACGAAGGAGUGUCAAGGCCUACGAAGGAGUGUCAAGGCUCACGAAGGAGUGUUAAGGCUCACGAAGGAGUGUCAAGGCCUACGAAGGAGUGUCAAGGCUCACGAAGGAGUGUCAAGGCUCACAAAGGAGUGUCAAGGCCUACGAAGGAGUGUCAAGGCUCACGAAGGAGUGUCAAGGCCUACGAAGGAGUGUCAAGGCUCACGAAGGAGUGUCAAGGCCUACGAAGGAGUGUCAAGGCCUACGAAGGAGUGUUAAGGCUCACGAUGGAGUGUCAAGGCCUACGAAGGAGUGUCAAGGCUCACGAAGGAGUGUCAAGGCUCACAAAGGAGUGUCAAGGCCUACGAAGGAGUGUCAAGGCUCACGAAGGAGUGUCAAGGCCUACGAAGGAGUGUCAAGGCUCACGAAGGAGUGUCAAGGCUCACGAAGGAGUGUCAAGGCCUACGAAGGAGUGUCAAGGCUCACGAAGGAGUGUCAAGGCUCACGAAGGAGUGUCAAGGCUCACGAAGGAGCGUCAAGGCCUACGCAGGAGUGUCAAGGCUCACGAAGGAGUGUCAAGGCUCACGAAGGAGUGUCAAGGCUCACGAAGGAGUGUCAAGGCUCACGAAGGAGUGUCAAGGCCUACGAAGGAGUGUCAAGGCUCACGAAGGAGUGUCAAGGCUCACGAAGGAGUGUCAAGGCCUACGAAGGAGUGUCAAGGCUCACGAAGGAGUGUCAAGGCUCACGAAGGAGUGUCAAGGCUCACGAAGGAGUGUCAAGGCCUACGAAGGAGUGUCAAGGCUCACGAAGGAGUGUCAAGGCCUACGAAGGAGUGUCAAGGCUCACGAAGGAGUGUCAAGGCCUACGAAGGAGUGUCAAGGCUCACGAAGGAGUGUCAAGGCCUACGAAGGAGUGUCAAGGCUCACGAAGGAGUGUCAAGGCUCACGAAGGAGUGUCAAGGCUCACGAAGGAGUGUCAAGGCCUACGAAGGAGAGUCAAGGCCUACGAAGGAGUGUCAAGGCUCACGAAGGAGUGUCAAGGCCUACGAAGGAGUGUCAAGGCUCACGAAGGAGUGUCAAGGCCUACGAAGGAGUGUCAAGGCUCACGAAGGAGUGUCAAGGCUCACGAAGGAGUGCCAAGGCCUACGAAGGAGUGUCAAGGCUCACGAAGGAGUGUCAAGGCCUACGAAGGAGUGUCAAGGCUCACGAAGGAGUGUCAAGGCCUACGAAGGAGUGUCAAGGCUCACGAAGGAGUGUCAAGGCCUACGAAGGAGUGUCAAGGCUCACGAAGGAGUGUCAAGGCCUACGAAGGAGUGUCAAGGCUCACGAAGGAGUGUCAAGGCCUACGAAGGAGUGUCAAGGCUCACGAAGGAGUGCCAAGGCCUACGAAGGAGUGUCAAGGCUCACGAAGGAGUGUCAAGGCCUACGAAGGAGUGUCAAGGCUCACGAAGGAGUGUCAAGGCCUACGAAGGAGUGUCAAGGCUCACGAAGGAGUGUCAAGGCCUACGAAGGAGUGUCAAGGCUCACGAAGGAGUGUCAAGGCCUACGAAGGAGUGUCAAGGCUCACGAAGGAGUGUCAAGGCCUACGAAGGAGUGUCAAGGCUCACGAAGGAGUGUCAAGGCUCACGAAGGAGUGUCAAGGCCUACGAAGGAGAGUCAAGGCCUACGAAGGAGUGUCAAGGCUCACGAAGGAGUGUCAAGGCUCACGAAGGAGUGUCAAUGCUCACGAAAGAGUGUCAAGGCCUACGAAGGAGUGUCAAGGCUCACGAAGGAGUGUCAAGGCCUACGAAGGAGUGUCAAGGCUCACGAAGGAGUGUCAAGGCUCACGAAGGAGUGUCAAGGCCUACGAAGGAGAGUCAAGGCCUACGAAGGAGUGUCAAGGCUCACGAAGGAGUGUCAAGGCCUACGAAGGAGUGUCAAGGCUCACGAAGGAGUGUCAAGGCCUACGAAGGAGUUUCAAGGCUCACGAAGGAGUGUCAAGGCCUACGAAGGAGUGUCAAGGCUCACGAAGGAGUGUCAAGGCUCACGAAGGAGUGCCAAGGCCUACGAAGGAGUGUCAAGGCUCACGAAGGAGUGUCAAGGCCUACGAAGGAGUGUCAAGGCUCACGAAGGAGUGUCAAGGCCUACGAAGGAGUGUCAAGGCUCACGAAGGAGUGUCAAGGCCUACGAAGGAGUGUCAAGGCUCACGAAGGAGUGUCAAGGCCUACGAAGGAGUGUCAAGGCUCACGAAGGAGUGUCAAGGCCUACGAAGGAGUGUCAAGGCUCACGAAGGAGUGUCAAGGCUCACGAAGGAGUGUCAAGGCCUGCGAAGGAGUGUCAAGGCUCACGAAGGAGUGUCAAGGCUCACAAAGGAGUGUCAAGGCCUACGAAGGAGUGUCAAGGCUCACGAAGGAGUGUCAAGGCCUACGAAGGAGUGUCAAGGCUCACGAAGGAGUGUCAAGGCCUACGAAGGAGUGUCAAGGCCUACGAAGGAGUGUUAAGGCUCACGAUGGAGUGUCAAGGCCUACGAAGGAGUGUCAAGGCUCACGAAGGAGUGUCAAGGCUCACAAAGGAGUGUCAAGGCCUACGAAGGAGUGUCAAGGCUCACGAAGGAGUGUCAAGGCCUACGAAGGAGUGUCAAGGCUCACGAAGGAGUGUCAAGGCUCACGAAGGAGUGUCAAGGCCUACGAAGGAGUGUCAAGGCUCACGAAGGAGUGUCAAGGCUCACGAAGGAGUGUCAAGGCUCACGAAGGAGCGUCAAGGCCUACGCAGGAGUGUCAAGGCUCACGAAGGAGUGUCAAGGCUCACGAAGGAGUGUCAAGGCUCACGAAGGAGUGUCAAGGCUCACGAAGGAGUGUCAAGGCCUACGAAGGAGUGUCAAGGCUCACGAAGGAGUGUCAAGGCUCACGAAGGAGUGUCAAGGCCUACGAAGGAGUGUCAAGGCUCACGAAGGAGUGUCAAGGCUCACGAAGGAGUGUCAAGGCUCACGAAGGAGUGUCAAGGCCUACGAAGGAGUGUCAAGGCUCACGAAGGAGUGUCAAGGCCUACGAAGGAGUGUCAAGGCUCACGAAGGAGUGUCAAGGCCUACGAAGGAGUGUCAAGGCUCACGAAGGAGUGUCAAGGCCUACGAAGGAGUGUCAAGGCUCACGAAGGAGUGUCAAGGCUCACGAAGGAGUGUCAAGGCCUACGAAGGAGAGUCAAGGCCUACGAAGGAGUGUCAAGGCUCACGAAGGAGUGUCAAGGCCUACGAAGGAGUGUCAAGGCUCACGAAGGAGUGUCAAGGCUCACGAAGGAGUGUCAAUGCUCACGAAAGAGUGUCAAGGCCUACGAAGGAGUGUCAAGGCUCACGAAGGAGUGUCAAGGCCUACGAAGGAGUGUCAAGGCUCACGAAGGAGUGUCAAGGCUCACGAAGGAGUGUCAAGGCUCACGAAGGAGUGUCAAGGCCUACGAAGGAGUGUCAAGGCUCACGAAGGAGUGUCAAGGCCUACGAAGGAGUGUCAAGGCCACGAAGGAGUGUCAAGGCUCACGAAGGAGUGCUCACGAUGGAGUGUCAAGGCCUACGAAGGAGUGUCAAGGCUCACGAAGGAGUGUCAAGGCUCACAAAGGAGUGUCAAGGCCUACGAAGGAGUGUCAAGGCUCACGAAGGAGUGUCAAGGCCUACGAAGGAGUGUCAAGGCUCACGAAGGAGUGUCAAGGCUCACGAAGGAGUGUCAAGGCCUACGAAGGAGUGUCAAGGCUCACGAAGGAGUGUCAAGGCUCACGAAGGAGUGUCAAGGCUCACGAAGGAGCGUCAAGGCCUACGCAGGAGUGUCAAGGCUCACGAAGGAGUGUCAAGGCUCACGAAGGAGUGUCAAGGCUCACGAAGGAGUGUCAAGGCUCACGAAGGAGUGUCAAGGCCUACGAAGGAGUGUCAAGGCUCACGAAGGAGUGUCAAGGCUCACGAAGGAGUGUCAAGGCCUACGAAGGAGUGUCAAGGCUCACGAAGGAGUGUCAAGGCCUACGAAGGAGUGUCAAGGCUCACGAAGGAGUGUCAAGGCCUACGAAGGAGUGUCAAGGCUCACGAAGGAGUGUCAAGGCCUACGAAGGAGUGUCAAGGCUCACGAAGGAGUGUCAAGGCCUACGAAGGAGUGUCAAGGCUCACGAAGGAGUGUCAAGGCUCACGAAGGAGUGUCAAGGCCUACGAAGGAGAGUCAAGGCCUACGAAGGAGUGUCAAGGCUCACGAAGGAGUGUCAAGGCCUACGAAGGAGUGUCAAGGCUCACGAAGGAGUGUCAAGGCUCACGAAGGAGUGUCAAUGCUCACGAAAGAGUGUCAAGGCCUACGAAGGAGUGUCAAGGCUCACGAAGGAGUGUCAAGGCCUACGAAGGAGUGUCAAGGCUCACGAAGGAGUGUCAAGGCUCACGAAGGAGUGUCAAGGCCUACGAAGAAGUGUCAAGGCUCACGAAGGAGUGUCAAGGCCUACGAAGGAGUGUCAAGGCCUACGAAGGAGUGUCAAGGCUCACGAAGGAGUGUUAAGGCUCACGAAGGAGUGUCAAGGCCUACGAAGGAGUGUCAAGGCUCACGAAGGAGUGUCAAGGCUCACAAAGGAGUGUCAAGGCCUACGAAGGAGUGUCAAGGCUCACGAAGGAGUGUCAAGGCCUACGAAGGAGUGUCAAGGCUCACGAAGGAGUGUCAAGGCCUACGAAGGAGUGUCAAGGCCUACGAAGGAGUGUUAAGGCUCACGAUGGAGUGUCAAGGCCUACGAAGGAGUGUCAAGGCUCACGAAGGAGUGUCAAGGCUCACAAAGGAGUGUCAAGGCCUACGAAGGAGUGUCAAGGCUCACGAAGGAGUGUCAAGGCCUACGAAGGAGUGUCAAGGCUCACGAAGGAGUGUCAAGGCUCACGAAGGAGUGUCAAGGCCUACGAAGGAGUGUCAAGGCUCACGAAGGAGUGUCAAGGCUCACGAAGGAGUGUCAAGGCUCACGAAGGAGCGUCAAGGCCUACGCAGGAGUGUCAAGGCUCACGAAGGAGUGUCAAGGCUCACGAAGGAGUGUCAAGGCUCACGAAGGAGUGUCAAGGCUCACGAAGGAGUGUCAAGGCCUACGAAGGAGUGUCAAGGCUCACGAAGGAGUGUCAAGGCUCACGAAGGAGUGUCAAGGCCUACGAAGGAGUGUCAAGGCUCACGAAGGAGUGUCAAGGCUCACGAAGGAGUGUCAAGGCUCACGAAGGAGUGUCAAGGCCUACGAAGGAGUGUCAAGGCUCACGAAGGAGUGUCAAGGCCUACGAAGGAGUGUCAAGGCUCACGAAGGAGUGUCAAGGCCUACGAAGGAGUGUCAAGGCUCACGAAGGAGUGUCAAGGCCUACGAAGGAGUGUCAAGGCUCACGAAGGAGUGUCAAGGCUCACGAAGGAGUGUCAAGGCUCACGAAGGAGUGUCAAGGCCUACGAAGGAGAGUCAAGGCCUACGAAGGAGUGUCAAGGCUCACGAAGGAGUGUCAAGGCCUACGAAGGAGUGUCAAGGCUCACGAAGGAGUGUCAAGGCCUACGAAGGAGUGUCAAGGCUCACGAAGGAGUGUCAAGGCUCACGAAGGAGUGCCAAGGCCUACGAAGGAGUGUCAAGGCUCACGAAGGAGUGUCAAGGCCUACGAAGGAGUGUCAAGGCUCACGAAGGAGUGUCAAGGCCUACGAAGGAGUGUCAAGGCUCACGAAGGAGUGUCAAGGCCUACGAAGGAGUGUCAAGGCUCACGAAGGAGUGUCAAGGCCUACGAAGGAGUGUCAAGGCUCACGAAGGAGUGUCAAGGCCUACGAAGGAGUGUCAAGGCUCACGAAGGAGUGCCAAGGCCUACGAAGGAGUGUCAAGGCUCACGAAGGAGUGUCAAGGCCUACGAAGGAGUGUCAAGGCUCACGAAGGAGUGUCAAGGCCUACGAAGGAGUGUCAAGGCUCACGAAGGAGUGUCAAGGCCUACGAAGGAGUGUCAAGGCUCACGAAGGAGUGUCAAGGCCUACGAAGGAGUGUCAAGGCUCACGAAGGAGUGUCAAGGCCUACGAAGGAGUGUCAAGGCUCACGAAGGAGUGUCAAGGCUCACGAAGAAGUGUCAAGGCCUACGAAGGAGAGUCAAGGCCUACGAAGGAGUGUCAAGGCUCACGAAGGAGUGUCAAGGCUCACGAAGGAGUGUCAAUGCUCACGAAAGAGUGUCAAGGCCUACGAAGGAGUGUCAAGGCUCACGAAGGAGUGUCAAGGCCUACGAAGGAGUGUCAAGGCUCACGAAGGAGUGUCAAGGCUCACGAAGGAGUGUCAAGGCCUACGAAGGAGAGUCAAGGCCUACGAAGGAGUGUCAAGGCUCACGAAGGAGUGUCAAGGCCUACGAAGGAGUGUCAAGGCUCACGAAGGAGUGUCAAGGCCUACGAAGGAGUUUCAAGGCUCACGAAGGAGUGUCAAGGCCUACGAAGGAGUGUCAAGGCUCACGAAGGAGUGUCAAGGCUCACGAAGGAGUGCCAAGGCCUACGAAGGAGUGUCAAGGCUCACGAAGGAGUGUCAAGGCCUACGAAGGAGUGUCAAGGCUCACGAAGGAGUGUCAAGGCCUACGAAGGAGUGUCAAGGCUCACGAAGGAGUGUCAAGGCCUACGAAGGAGUGUCAAGGCUCACGAAGGAGUGUCAAGGCCUACGAAGGAGUGUCAAGGCUCACGAAGGAGUGUCAAGGCCUACGAAGGAGUGUCAAGGCUCACGAAGGAGUGUCAAGGCUCACGAAGGAGUGUCAAGGCCUGCGAAGGAGUGUCAAGGCUCACGAAGGAGUGUCAAGGCUCACAAAGGAGUGUCAAGGCCUACGAAGGAGUGUCAAGGCUCACGAAGGAGUGUCAAGGCCUACGAAGGAGUGUCAAGGCUCACGAAGGAGUGUCAAGGCCUACGAAGGAGUGUCAAGGCCUACGAAGGAGUGUUAAGGCUCACGAUGGAGUGUCAAGGCCUACGAAGGAGUGUCAAGGCUCACGAAGGAGUGUCAAGGCUCACAAAGGAGUGUCAAGGCCUACGAAGGAGUGUCAAGGCUCACGAAGGAGUGUCAAGGCCUACGAAGGAGUGUCAAGGCUCACGAAGGAGUGUCAAGGCUCACGAAGGAGUGUCAAGGCCUACGAAGGAGUGUCAAGGCUCACGAAGGAGUGUCAAGGCUCACGAAGGAGUGUCAAGGCUCACGAAGGAGCGUCAAGGCCUACGCAGGAGUGUCAAGGCUCACGAAGGAGUGUCAAGGCUCACGAAGGAGUGUCAAGGCUCACGAAGGAGUGUCAAGGCUCACGAAGGAGUGUCAAGGCCUACGAAGGAGUGUCAAGGCUCACGAAGGAGUGUCAAGGCUCACGAAGGAGUGUCAAGGCCUACGAAGGAGUGUCAAGGCUCACGAAGGAGUGUCAAGGCUCACGAAGGAGUGUCAAGGCUCACGAAGGAGUGUCAAGGCCUACGAAGGAGUGUCAAGGCUCACGAAGGAGUGUCAAGGCCUACGAAGGAGUGUCAAGGCUCACGAAGGAGUGUCAAGGCCUACGAAGGAGUGUCAAGGCUCACGAAGGAGUGUCAAGGCCUACGAAGGAGUGUCAAGGCUCACGAAGGAGUGUCAAGGCUCACGAAGGAGUGUCAAGGCCUACGAAGGAGAGUCAAGGCCUACGAAGGAGUGUCAAGGCUCACGAAGGAGUGUCAAGGCCUACGAAGGAGUGUCAAGGCUCACGAAGGAGUGUCAAGGCUCACGAAGGAGUGUCAAUGCUCACGAAAGAGUGUCAAGGCCUACGAAGGAGUGUCAAGGCUCACGAAGGAGUGUCAAGGCCUACGAAGGAGUGUCAAGGCUCACGAAGGAGUGUCAAGGCUCACGAAGGAGUGUCAAGGCCUACGAAGGAGAGUCAAGGCCUACGAAGGAGUGUCAAGGCUCACGAAGGAGUGUCAAGGCCUACGAAGGAGUGUCAAGGCUCACGAAGGAGUGUCAAGGCCUACGAAGGAGUGUCAAGGCUCACGAAGGAGUGUCAAGGCCUACGAAGGAGUGUCAAGGCUCACGAAGGAGUGUCAAGGCUCACGAAGGAGUGCCAAGGCCUACGAAGGAGUGUCAAGGCUCACGAAGGAGUGUCAAGGCCUACGAAGGAGUGUCAAGGCUCACGAAGGAGUGUCAAGGCCUACGAAGGAGUGUCAAGGCUCACGAAGGAGUGUCAAGGCCUACGAAGGAGUGUCAAGGCUCACGAAGGAGUGUCAAGGCCUACGAAGGAGUGUCAAGGCUCACGAAGGAGUGUCAAGGCCUACGAAGGAGUGUCAAGGCUCACGAAGGAGUGUCAAGGCCUACGAAGGAGUGUCAAGGCUCACGAAGGAGUGUCAAGGCUCACGAAGGAGUGUCAAGGCCUACGAAGGAGAGUCAAGGCCUACGAAGGAGUGUCAAGGCUCACGAAGGAGUGUCAAGGCCUACGAAGGAGUGUCAAGGCUCACGAAGGAGUGUCAAGGCCUACGAAGGAGUGUCAAGGCUCACGAAGGAGUGUCAAGGCCUACGAAGGAGUGUCAAGGCUCACGAAGGAGUGUCAAGGCUCACGAAGGAGUGCCAAGGCCUACGAAGGAGUGUCAAGGCUCACGAAGGAGUGUCAAGGCCUACGAAGGAGUGUCAAGGCUCACGAAGGAGUGUCAAGGCCUACGAAGGAGUGUCAAGGCUCACGAAGGAGUGUCAAGGCCUACGAAGGAGUGUCAAGGCUCACGAAGGAGUGUCAAGGCCUACGAAGGAGUGUCAAGGCUCACGAAGGAGUGUCAAGGCCUACGAAGGAGUGUCAAGGCUCACGAAGGAGUGUCAAGGCUCACGAAGGAGUGUCAAGGCCUACGAAGGAGUGUCAAGGCUCACGAAGGAGUGUCAAGGCUCACAAAGGAGUGUCAAGGCCUACGAAGGAGUGUCAAGGCUCACGAAGGAGUGUCAAGGCCUACGAAGGAGUGUCAAGGCUCACGAAGGAGUGUCAAGGCCUACGAAGGAGUGUCAAGGCCUACGAAGGAGUGUUAAGGCUCACGAUGGAGUGUCAAGGCCUACGAAGGAGUGUCAAGGCUCACGAAGGAGUGUCAAGGCUCACAAAGGAGUGUCAAGGCCUACGAAGGAGUGUCAAGGCUCACGAAGGAGUGUCAAGGCCUACGAAGGAGUGUCAAGGCUCACGAAGGAGUGUCAAGGCUCACGAAGGAGUGUCAAGGCCUACGAAGGAGUGUCAAGGCUCACGAAGGAGUGUCAAGGCUCACGAAGGAGUGUCAAGGCUCACGAAGGAGCGUCAAGGCCUACGCAGGAGUGUCAAGGCUCACGAAGGAGUGUCAAGGCUCACGAAGGAGUGUCAAGGCUCACGAAGGAGUGUCAAGGCUCACGAAGGAGUGUCAAGGCCUACGAAGGAGUGUCAAGGCUCACGAAGGAGUGUCAAGGCUCACGAAGGAGUGUCAAGGCCUACGAAGGAGUGUCAAGGCUCACGAAGGAGUGUCAAGGCUCACGAAGGAGUGUCAAGGCUCACGAAGGAGUGUCAAGGCCUACGAAGGAGUGUCAAGGCUCACGAAGGAGUGUCAAGGCCUACGAAGGAGUGUCAAGGCUCACGAAGGAGUGUCAAGGCCUACGAAGGAGUGUCAAGGCUCACGAAGGAGUGUCAAGGCCUACGAAGGAGUGUCAAGGCUCACGAAGGAGUGUCAAGGCUCACGAAGGAGUGUCAAGGCCUACGAAGGAGAGUCAAGGCCUACGAAGGAGUGUCAAGGCUCACGAAGGAGUGUCAAGGCCUACGAAGGAGUGUCAAGGCUCACGAAGGAGUGUCAAGGCCUACGAAGGAGUGUCAAGGCUCACGAAGGAGUGUCAAGGCUCACGAAGGAGUGCCAAGGCCUACGAAGGAGUGUCAAGGCUCACGAAGGAGUGUCAAGGCCUACGAAGGAGUGUCAAGGCUCACGAAGGAGUGUCAAGGCCUACGAAGGAGUGUCAAGGCUCACGAAGGAGUGUCAAGGCCUACGAAGGAGUGUCAAGGCUCACGAAGGAGUGUCAAGGCCUACGAAGGAGUGUCAAGGCUCACGAAGGAGUGUCAAGGCCUACGAAGGAGUGUCAAGGCUCACGAAGGAGUGUCAAGGCCUACGAAGGAGUGUCAAGGCUCACGAAGGAGUGUCAAGGCUCACGAAGGAGUGUCAAGGCCUACGAAGGAGUGUCAAGGCUCACGAAGGAGUGUCAAGGCUCACGAAGGAGUGUCAAGGCUCACGAAGGAGCGUCAAGGCCUACGCAGGAGUGUCAAGGCUCACGAAGGAGUGUCAAGGCUCACGAAGGAGUGUCAAGGCUCACGAAGGAGUGUCAAGGCUCACGAAGGAGUGUCAAGGCCUACGAAGGAGUGUCAAGGCUCACGAAGGAGUGUCAAGGCUCACGAAGGAGUGUCAAGGCCUACGAAGGAGUGUCAAGGCUCACGAAGGAGUGUCAAGGCUCACGAAGGAGUGUCAAGGCUCACGAAGGAGUGUCAAGGCCUACGAAGGAGUGUCAAGGCUCACGAAGGAGUGUCAAGGCCUACGAAGGAGUGUCAAGGCUCACGAAGGAGUGUCAAGGCCUACGAAGGAGUGUCAAGGCUCACGAAGGAGUGUCAAGGCCUACGAAGGAGUGUCAAGGCUCACGAAGGAGUGUCAAGGCUCACGAAGGAGUGUCAAGGCCUACGAAGGAGAGUCAAGGCCUACGAAGGAGUGUCAAGGCUCACGAAGGAGUGUCAAGGCCUACGAAGGAGUGUCAAGGCUCACGAAGGAGUGUCAAGGCCUACGAAGGAGUGUCAAGGCUCACGAAGGAGUGUCAAGGCUCACGAAGGAGUGCCAAGGCCUACGAAGGAGUGUCAAGGCUCACGAAGGAGUGUCAAGGCCUACGAAGGAGUGUCAAGGCUCACGAAGGAGUGUCAAGGCCUACGAAGGAGUGUCAAGGCUCACGAAGGAGUGUCAAGGCCUACGAAGGAGUGUCAAGGCUCACGAAGGAGUGUCAAGGCCUACGAAGGAGUGUCAAGGCUCACGAAGGAGUGUCAAGGCCUACGAAGGAGUGUCAAGGCUCACGAAGGAGUGUCAAGGCUCACGAAGGAGUGUCAAGGCCUACGAAGGAGAGUCAAGGCCUACGAAGGAGUGUCAAGGCUCACGAAGGAGUGUCAAGGCCUACGAAGGAGUGUCAAGGCUCACGAAGGAGUGUCAAGGCUCACGAAGGAGUGUCAAUGCUCACGAAAGAGUGUCAAGGCCUACGAAGGAGUGUCAAGGCUCACGAAGGAGUGUCAAGGCCUACGAAGGAGUGUCAAGGCUCACGAAGGAGUGUCAAGGCUCACGAAGGAGUGUCAAGGCCUACGAAGGAGAGUCAAGGCCUACGAAGGAGUGUCAAGGCUCACGAAGGAGUGUCAAGGCCUACGAAGGAGUGUCAAGGCUCACGAAGGAGUGUCAAGGCCUACGAAGGAGUGUCAAGGCUCACGAAGGAGUGUCAAGGCCUACGAAGGAGUGUCAAGGCUCACGAAGGAGUGUCAAGGCCUACGAAGGAGUGUCAAGGCUCACGAAGGAGUGUCAAGGCCUACGAAGGAGUGUCAAGGCUCACGAAGGAGUGUCAAGGCCUACGAAGGAGUGUCAAGGCUCACGAAGGAGUGUCAAGGCCUACGAAGGAGUGUCAAGGCUCAUGAAGGAGUGUCAAGGCUCACGAAGGAGUGUCAAGGCCUACGAAGGAGAGUCAAGGCCUACGAAGGAGUGUCAAGGCUCACGAAGGAGUGUCAAGGCCUACGAAGGAGUGUCAAGGCUCACGAAGGAGUGUCAAGGCCUACGAAGGAGUGUCAAGGCUCACGAAAGAGUGUCAAGGCCUACGAAGGAGUGUCAAGGCUCACGAAGGAGUGUCAAGGCCUACGAAGGAGUGUCAAGGCUCACGAAGGAGUGUCAAGGCUCACGAAGGAGUGUCAAGGCCUACGAAGGAGUGUCAAGGCUCACGAAGGAGUGUCAAGGCUCACGAAGGAGUGUCAAGGCCUACGAAGGAGAGUCAAGGCCUACGAAGGAGUGUCAAGGCUCACAAAGGAGUGUCAAGGCCUACGAAGGAGUGUCAAGGCUCACGAAGGAGUGUCAAGGCCUACGAAGGAGUGUCAAGGCUCACGAAGGAGUGUCAAGGCUCACGAAGGAGUGUCAAGGCUCACGAAAGAGUGUCAAGGCCUACGAAGGAGAGUCAAGGCCUACGAAGGAGUGUCAAGGCUCACGAAGGAGUGUCAAGGCCUACGAAGGAGUGUCAAGGCCUACGAAGGAGUGUCAAGGCUCACGAAGGAGUGUCAAGGCCUACGAAGGAGUGUCAAGGCUCACGAAGGAGUGUCAAGGCUCACGAAGGAGUGUCAAGGCCUACGAAGGAGUGUCAAGGCUCACGAAGGAGUGUCAAGGCUCACGAAGGAGUGUCAAUGCUCACGAAAGAGUGUCAAGGCCUACGAAGGAGUGUCAAGGCUCACGAAGGAGUGUCAAGGCCUACGAAGGAGUGUCAAGGCUCACGAAGGAGUGUCAAGGCUCACGAAGGAGUGUCAAGGCUCACGAAAGAGUGUCAAGGCCUACGAAGGAGAGUCAAGGCCUACGAAGGAGUGUCAAGGCUCACGAAGGAGUGUCAAGGCCUACGAAGGAGUGUCAAGGCUCACGAAGGAGUGUCAAGGCCUACGAAGGAGUGUCAAGGCUCACGAAGGAGUGUCAAGGCCUACGAAGGAGUGUCAAGGCUCACGAAGGAGUGUCAAGGCCUACGAAGGAGUGUCAAGGCUCACGAAGGAGUGUCAAGGAAUACGAAGGAGUGUCAAAGCUCACGAAGGAGUGUCAAGGCUCACAAAGGAGUGUCAAGGCCUACGAAGGAGUGUCAAGGCUCACGAAGGAGUGUCAAGGCCUACGAAGGAGUGUCAAGGCUCACGAAGGAGUGUCAAGGCUCACGAAGGAGUGUCAAGGCCUACGAAGGAGUGUCAAGGCUCACGAAGGAGUGUCAAGGCUCACGAAGGAGUGUCAAGGCUCACGAAGGAGCGUCAAGGCCUACGCAGGAGUGUCAAGGCUCACGAAGGAGUGUCAAGGCUCACGAAGGAGUGUCAAGGCUCACGAAGGAGUGUCAAGGCUCACGAAGGAGUGUCAAGGCCUACGAAGGAGUGUCAAGGCUCACGAAGGAGUGUCAAGGCUCACGAAGGAGUGUCAAGGCCUACGAAGGAGUGUCAAGGCUCACGAAGGAGUGUCAAGGCUCACGAAGGAGUGUCAAGGCUCACGAAGGAGUGUCAAGGCCUACGAAGGAGUGUCAAGGCUCACGAAGGAGUGUCAAGGCCUACGAAGGAGUGUCAAGGCUCACGAAGGAGUGUCAAGGCCUACGAAGGAGUGUCAAGGCUCACGAAGGAGUGUCAAGGCCUACGAAGGAGUGUCAAGGCUCACGAAGGAGUGUCAAGGCUCACGAAGGAGUGUCAAGGCCUACGAAGGAGAGUCAAGGCCUACGAAGGAGUGUCAAGGCUCACGAAGGAGUGUCAAGGCCUACGAAGGAGUGUCAAGGCUCACGAAGGAGUGUCAAGGCCUACGAAGGAGUGUCAAGGCUCACGAAGGAGUGUCAAGGCUCACGAAGGAGUGCCAAGGCCUACGAAGGAGUGUCAAGGCUCACGAAGGAGUGUCAAGGCCUACGAAGGAGUGUCAAGGCUCACGAAGGAGUGUCAAGGCCUACGAAGGAGUGUCAAGGCUCACGAAGGAGUGUCAAGGCCUACGAAGGAGUGUCAAGGCUCACGAAGGAGUGUCAAGGCCUACGAAGGAGUGUCAAGGCUCACGAAGGAGUGUCAAGGCCUACGAAGGAGUGUCAAGGCUCACGAAGGAGUGUCAAGGCUCACGAAGGAGUGUCAAGGCCUACGAAGGAGAGUCAAGGCCUACGAAGGAGUGUCAAGGCUCACGAAGGAGUGUCAAGGCCUACGAAGGAGUGUCAAGGCUCACGAAGGAGUGUCAAGGCUCACGAAGGAGUGUCAAUGCUCACGAAAGAGUGUCAAGGCCUACGAAGGAGUGUCAAGGCUCACGAAGGAGUGUCAAGGCCUACGAAGGAGUGUCAAGGCUCACGAAGGAGUGUCAAGGCUCACGAAGGAGUGUCAAGGCCUACGAAGGAGAGUCAAGGCCUACGAAGGAGUGUCAAGGCUCACGAAGGAGUGUCAAGGCCUACGAAGGAGUGUCAAGGCUCACGAAGGAGUGUCAAGGCCUACGAAGGAGUGUCAAGGCUCACGAAGGAGUGUCAAGGCCUACGAAGGAGUGUCAAGGCUCACGAAGGAGUGUCAAGGCCUACGAAGGAGUGUCAAGGCUCACGAAGGAGUGUCAAGGCCUACGAAGGAGUGUCAAGGCUCACGAAGGAGUGUCAAGGCCUACGAAGGAGUGUCAAGGCUCACGAAGGAGUGUCAAGGCCUACGAAGGAGUGUCAAGGCUCACGAAGGAGUGUCAAGGCUCACGAAGGAGUGUCAAGGCCUACGAAGGAGAGUCAAGGCCUACGAAGGAGUGUCAAGGCUCACGAAGGAGUGUCAAGGCCUACGAAGGAGUGUCAAGGCUCACGAAGGAGUGUCAAGGCCUACGAAGGAGUGUCAAGGCUCACGAAGGAGUGUCAAGGCCUACGAAGGAGUGUCAAGGCUCACGAAGGAGUGUCAAGGCUCACGAAGGAGUGUCAAGGCCUACGAAGGAGUGUCAAGGCUCACGAAGGAGUGUCAAGGCCUACGAAGGAGUGUCAAGGCUCACGAAGGAGUGUCAAGGCUCACGAAGGAGUGUCAAGGCUCACGAAGGAGUGUCAAGGCUCACGAAGGAGUGUCAAGGCCUACGAAGGAGUGUCAAGGCUCACGAAGGAGUGUCAAGGCUCACGAAGGAGUGUCAAGGCUCACGAAGGAGUGUCAAGGCCUACGAAGGAGUGUCAAGGCUCACGAAGGAGUGUCAAGGCCUACGAAGGAGUGUCAAGGCUCACGAAGGAGUGUCAAGGCCUACGAAGGAGUGUCAAGGCUCACGAAGGAGUGUCAAGGCCUACGAAGGAGUGUCAAGGCUCACGAAGGAGUGUCAAGGCUCACGAAGGAGUGUCAAGGCCUACGAAGGAGUGUCAAGGCUCACGAAAGAGUGUCAAGGCCUACGAAGGAGUGUCAAGGCUCACGAAGGAGUGUCAAGGCUCACGAAGGAGUGUCAAGGCCUACGAAGGAGUGUCAAGGCUCACGAAGGAGUGUCAAGGCUCACGAAGGAGUGUCAAUGCUCACGAAAGAGUGUCAAGGCCUACGAAGGAGUGUCAAGGCUCACGAAGGAGUGUCAAGGCUCACGAAAGAGUGUCAAGGCCUACGAAGGAGAGUCAAGGCCUACGAAGGAGUGUCAAGGCUCACGAACGAGUGUCAAGGCCUACGAAGGAGUGUCAAGGCUCACGAAGGAGUGUCAAGGCCUACGAAGGAGUGUCAAGGCUCACGAAGGAGUGUCAAGGCCUACGAAGGAGUGUCAAGGCCUACGAAGGAGUGUCAAGGCUCACGAAGGAGUGUCAAGGCCUACGAAGGAGUGUCAAGGCUCACGAAGGAGUGUCAAGGCCUACGAAGGAGUGUCAAGGCUCACGAAGGAGUGUCAAGGCCUACGAAGGAGUGUCAAGGCUCACGAAGGAGUGUCAAGGCCUACGAAGGAGUGUCAAGGCUCACGAAGGAGUGUCAAGGCCUACGAAGGAGUGUCAAGGCUCACGAAGGAGUGUCAAGGCCUACGAAGGAGUGUCAAGUCUCACGAAGGAGUGUCAAGGCCUACGAAGGAGUGUCAAGGCUCACGAAGGAGUGUCAAGGCUCACGAAGGAGUGUCAAGGCUCACGAAAGAGUGUCAAGGCCUACGAAGGAGAGUCAAGGCCUACGAAGGAGUGUCAAGGCUCACGAAGGAGUGUCAAGGCCUACGAAGGAGUGUCAAGGCCUACGAAGGAGUGUCAAGGCUCACGAAGGAGUGUCAAGGCCUACGAAGGAGUGUCAAGGCUCACGAAGGAGUGUCAAGGCUCACGAAGGAGUGUCAAGGCCUACGAAGGAGUGUCAAGGCUCACGAAGGAGUGUCAAGGCUCACGAAGGAGUGUCAAUGCUCACGAAAGAGUGUCAAGGCCUACGAAGGAGUGUCAAGGCUCACGAAGGAGUGUCAAGACUCACGAAAGAGUGUCAAGGCCUACGAAGGAGAGUCAAGGCCUACGAAGGAGUGUCAAGGCUCACGAAGGAGUGUCAAGGCCUACGAAGGAGUGUCAAGGCUCACGAAGGAGUGUCAAGGCCUACGAAGGAGUGUCAAGGCUCACGAAGGAGUGUCAAGGCCUACGAAGGAGUGUCAAGGCCUACGAAGGAGUGUCAAGGCUCACGAAGGAGUGUCAAGGCUCACGAAGGAGUGUCAAUGCUCACGAAAGAGUGUCAAGGCCUACGAAGGAGUGUCAAGGCUCACGAAGGAGUGUCAAGGCUCACGAAGGAGUGUCAAGGCCUACGAAGGAGUGUCAAGGCUCACGAAGGAGUGUCAAGGCCUACGAAGGAGUGUCAAGGCUCACGAAGGAGUGUCAAGGCCUACGAAGGAGUGUCAAGGCUCACGAAGGAGUGUCAAGGCCUACGAAGGAGUGUCAAGGCUCACGAAGGAGUGUCAAGGCCUACGAAGGAGUGUCAAGGCUCACGAAGGAGUGUCAAGGCCUACGAAGGAGUGUCAAGGCUCACGAAGGAGUGUCAAGGCUCACGAAGGAGUGUCAAGGCUCACGAAGGAGUGUCAAGGCCUACGAAGGAGAGUCAAGGCCUACGAAGGAGUGUCAAGGCUCACGAAGGAGUGUCAAGGCCUACGAAGGAGUGUCAAGGCUCACGAAGGAGUGUCAAGGCCUACGAAGGAGUGUCAAGGCUCACGAAGGAGUGUCAAGGCUCACGAAGGAGUGUCAAGGCCUACGAAGGAGAGUCAAGGCCUACGAAGGAGUGUCAAGGCUCACGAAGGAGUGUCAAGGCCUACGAAGGAGUGUCAAGGCUCACGAAGGAGUGUCAAGGCCUACGAAGGAGUGUCAAGGCUCACGAAGGAGUGUCAAGGCUCACGAAGGAGUGUCAAGGCUCACGAAGGAGUGUCAAGGCUCACGAAGGAGUGUCAAUGCUCACGAAAGAGUGUCAAGGCCUACGAAGGAGUGUCAAGGCUCACGAAGGAGUGUCAAGGCCUACGAAGGAGUGUCAAGGCCUACGAAGGAGUGUCAAGGCUCACGAAGGAGUGUUAAGGCUCACGAAGGAGUGUCAAGGCCUACGAAGGAGUGUCAAGGCCUACGAAGUAGUGUCAAGGCUCACGAAGGAGAGUUAA